AUGAUGCCUGAUUUUAGCGUGCAACAAACUAACAUGGUGCCCCCUCGUGUGCAGGCCACGUGGGGAAACAGUGCCCCAGGAACCCACUUCUCAGGCUGUGGGAUGCCUUUCAAUGCCCCUUUCAGUGGAGCACCCAAUGGAAAUCAGAUGUCCUGUGGUCAGAAUCCAGGCUUCCCAGUCAAGGAUGUAACACUGACAAGCCCAUUGUUGGUCAACUUGCUGCAGAGUGAUAUCUCUGCAGGCCAUUUUGGGGUAAACAAUAAGAAAAAUAAUACCAAUACAAAUAAAUUGAAGAAGAAGAAACCCCCUCGGAAGAAGAAAAAUAGGAAGCAAGAUCUAAACACCCCAGAUACUCGCCCAGGUGGCCCGGAGGAGGCUGAGCAGCAACUAUUGCCUAGUGAACAGGGAAUUAACUCGGACAACACAGGCCCUAAACUGCCAGAAUUUUCAAACCGGACACCAGCCCAUUCACAGAAUUCAGUCCCAAAGGUGACUCCAGCCUCAGCACUGCAGGGCUCUGUUGCCAGAUCAGAACUAGAGGUAAAUGCUGCCCUAGUCUCUGCAGAAAGUAAACCAAAAGAGAUAGCUGAAAAGUCUAAAACCCAAGCUGAAGAAGCUUCGAAUUGA